AUGGAUGACACCAUCUUGGCACAAGAAGAAAGCGAUGAGCGCACCGGGGCGGGCGUCAUUCUCAGCAAGGAAGACCAGGCCAGAUAUGCUAAACUUUUGCGUCCCAACAUUCCUCCGCCCAUUGAUCCGUACUCCAAUGUGGCAUGGGAGGACUACGACCAGGUAGAGGAGCGCCUUGCACGCGUUCGCAUCGCCUGUUACAAGAUUGUGAAGCCAGAGGCCGCACAUGAACUCAAGGAACCGGAAGAGUACACCGAGGAUGAACUUUGUCAGGAGUCCUACUUUCGGCAUUUGGAUGAUGAUGAAAGUUUCGAGUGGUUCUUCCAUCGCGACGAUAGCCAGAAACCUGAAUUGAAUGACUACCAACGCAUUGUCCUUCGUAAUUUCCUGCCUGAUAGUUGUGAACGCCAGUACUGCUAUCACGACGAUUACCGCUCACGUUAUCAUACAUAUGAAAUUGAUUCCGUUUAUGUCAAGUACUAUGGAGAAAUAUCAAAGAAAAUAAAGUGGAUUGCAGAUUAUUUGCAUCUGGAUCGCAGUACCGAGGCGCUACUCCAUUUUGCUGAGGUUCACCCGGCAUUGAAUACUGGGCAACUAUGCCAGUCUCCUUGGAGAAACAUGUAUACUAUAGCAUGGAGGCAAGCAUUGAGGAUUGCAACACACUUUCCCCAUAUGACUGUUCAUUUAGCUGCUUUUGCCUAUAAUGAGUACAUUAUUGAGCUGAACACAUAUGCGUCCCUCAAGGACAUAGAUCUUCUCUAUUUUGAGAUAUGGAGGCUUGUCGCCAAGGAAGAUAGGAGAUACUUAGAUGCUGUGAAGGAAGUAUAUGAAAUGGACAAGUUUGCUAUACACAAAAGGGUACUACAUGCUGAACUGAAUGCGUUGCCUGUCUUUGUAACAAUAAAGCAAAUGAUUUAUUCUAUUGUCAAGGAGGGUGGCAUUGAUCUGAAGGCUAAAGAGGAUGAAGCUCGGGCUGUGUUUAGCAAGUUAGCUUUCAGGAAGCAUAAAACAAUGAACAUGGCGCAGUACGCUGAAAAGAAGAUGGAGAUCGCAGAUCGGUUGGGUUUGGACAAAAAGGUACUUGUUUUCCUUUUAGGCGUGACCUUUAUCAAUGUACAAACCCUUGCUCUUGCCCUCCCUUCCCGUUAUUUUCCAAAUCCGCUUCCGUACUCAUUCACUGGUCUGUUGUCACACUUCACUCACGCACCGCUGCUUAUCCACCUCAUCGGCGACCGUGUUCCACUAUCCACCCCUCACUCUCCACCAUCGUCCCCAACCACACAUUUGAGGCUCAUCCCUCAACCCCCUCACGACGACCCCAACACAUUGUGA